AUGAAUAUUUUUGCACGAAUUUGUAUUGUUUUGGCAGUUGUGCAUUCAGCGUAUGUUUCAGGGGAAAAAUGCGCCAGAAAUCCACUUGGCAGAGAUUUUUUAUUAAAGCAAAAUCUACAGUAUUUUAGGGCACCGUAAUCUGAAGAGAUUUCUGGAAUUUUUAUCGAUAGAUCAACUUUUGGUUUGAAAAUUUACGUGAAAAAGCUUUGAUUUUUUACACCGAAUAUACAGUAUUCCUGCUGUUACCGUAACCUGGUAGAUCAAAUUUGCACAAAAUAAUUUUGUGUAAUUUAUUCAGUAACCGUCCAUCUAUGAAAAAAAUUCAACGCCUUUCAUCUGAAAUGUUCCCAAAAAAUUAUACGUUUCAAAAAUGACAUAAAUCAAAAUUAAUUUGGAAUAUUUUUAUUCAUCAACGGGAUUUAUGCAAAAACCUAUUUUCAAAUAAUAAUAUUAUUUUCAGUCCUUCAGUUCCUGAUUCGAUAAACAAACCAAAGUUUUGUAAAAAGGAGAAAAGAGAUAGUGAGUUCCUUAAAUUUGUCUAUUUUUCUAACAUCCCAAAUUUUUCUAGACAUCGAAUAUCCUCGAACUCGAGCAUGUAUGCAAAGUUCUCAAGCAUGUCCAGAUCCUGAAAAUGUGAUAGGUACAGUAACCCGCUAUUGUAAUUGUCAAACUGGAACUUGGGAAUCACCGGAUACAACAAAUUGCACUCAUAAAUGGGUUGGAGAAGCUGAAACUGCUAUAAAAAACAAUCAACCGGUUGAAAAUAUCAGUGGAAAUGUGAAUAUGAAUUUGGCAAAUACUUUGAAGCAAACACUUUUUGGAGGAGAUAUUACAGGAACUGUGAAAUUGAGUGGAGAUAUGUUGGAUUUGGCGAGAAGUCAAUUUGAUAUUUUGAAUGAUCGAAAUGUUCGAGAGACUAAAGCAAGAAGUUUUACAAAGGUUUGGUGAAAUGGGAAUUUUUAAAAGAAAAAUAAUUUGUUCACUGUUUCAAAUUUUUUGUUUUUUGAAAGUUAGAGUCUCAAACUUGAAGAUUACAAUGAAAGAUUUUUCACAAUUUGAAAAUCGGAAUUUUGUUUGUAAAAUGAUUUCAAAAAAUACACAAGUUUUUUUUUUUCUGUUUCGAAAACUUCAAAUUUCAGAACCUCGGUGGAUCCGGUGAUCAACUUCUUUCCCAAACCGCUGCUUCAGUUUGGGACCAAUUAACCCCAACAAAUCGAAUAGAUCAUGCAUCACAAUUAAUGAGUUAUCUCGAACAAUCAGUUCUUCUUUUGGGUGAAUAUAUGGUGGAUAAAAAAAUGAAUUAUGCAUAUACAAAUUGGGCGAUGGAAGUUGAACGGAGCGAACCCGAAUUUACAAAGACUUUGGGAGGCGAUGAAAAUGUUCAAGAUGAUUCUGGAGGAUUUCGAGUUAUGGGUUCAGGUGCACCAGCUGCGAGUGAACCAAUUAAUAAUACUGUAGAUUUUCCCAGCUUGAAAUUGACACCAACGAUAACUUUGCCAUCGACAAGUAUUCUAGGUAUGUUUUGUUUGGGAAUUUUUCUUCAAAUAAUAUUUUUUAUUUCAGAAAGCCUAACGAAUUCCAUAUCUCCACAAACUUUCCAAGCAAACGAUGCUGUUGGCUCAUUUUCUGUUCAAUCUUCCCAAUCUGAACCAAAUUUGAAUCGAAAUCCGAUAAAACUAGGAUUCUACGCUUUCUCAGGAUUUGGACAACUUUUGAAUUAUAACAAUAAUCAUACAAUGAUAAAUAGUCAAAUUAUUGGAGCAUCUGUGCAAAAUGCGACACAAAGUGUGAGGUGAGCAUUUAUUGUUGUUGAAAGGUUUUUGGUUUAGGAUUUGGUUAAUAUGAAUCUUGGGCUUUGAUAAAUAGCAAUCUCAUUGUAAAAAGUUAUGUAUUCACCUAAAUAUUUUCCGACAAAAAUGUGAAAAAAUAUCGAAAAAAUCUUCACACAAAAAUUUAUUUGAAUUUCUUGAAACAGUGAAAAAAAGGUUGAAGAAAAAUUUCAAAACAUUGAUUUUUUAAACUUAUCGUAUUUUAAAAUCCAAAUUCUGAUGAAUACAUGUUUUCUGGUAUUGUCAAGAGUCAAAAAAAAACACAUCAAGUAAAUUUUAAAAUAAAAUAUUAUACCAAUCAUUUGAAACAGUAAACAUUUUUUGAAUAAAAUUUUGGACAAACAAACAAUUUCGAAGGUUAGAGCAAAUUAUACAUUUUCCAUGAAAACCUUCAUUAUUUUUCUGAAACAGUGAAACAUUUUUGAAUAAAAAAUUCUAAAUUAUUUCCAGUCUUCCCGCUGAUCAUCCCGCAACUUUCACAUUUCUCCAUCUACAAACAAAAGGAGUCAGCAAUCCUCGAUGUGUUUAUUGGGAUCUCGAAUCAAAGAAAUGGUCAACAAUGGGUUGCACUUUGAUAUCGACUUCUUAUAAUGCAACACAAUGCUCUUGUACACAUUUGACCAGUUUUGCUAUUCUCAUGGAUGUUUCUGGACAAGUUGGUAGAUUUUCUGGAAAUCUUUCGUCUGCUCUUGAUGUUAUUUCAACAAUUGGAUGUGCUAUUUCGAUUGUUUGUUUGGCGUUGAGUUUUUUGGUUUUUACGUUUUUCAGGUGAGUUUUUUGGAAGAAUUUUCAGAAUCAAUUUUGGAAAAAUUUCACAGUACAAUAAAUAUAUUUGGAAGAACAAAAACGAACUCUUCUUGAAUUUCUAAUCUAUUCUCAAAUUCCAGAAACCUUCACAAUGUCCGCAACUCAAUCCACCGUAAUUUAUGCCUCUGUCUUCUCCUCGCCGAACUCAUUUUUGUCAUCGGCGUCGAUCGAACUGGAAAUAAAACAGGAUGCAGUGUUGUCGCCCUUCUUCUCCAAUAUUUUUUCUUGGCUUCAUUUUGUUGGAUGCUUCUUGAAGGAUAUCAAUUAUAUAUGAUGUUGAUUCAAGUUUUUGAGCCAAAUCGAACUCGAAUAUUUUUGUAUUAUCUAUUUUGUUAUGGUUGUCCAGCUGUUAUUGUUGCUGUUUCAGCGAGUAUUAAAUGGAAGGAUUAUGGAACUGAUAGAUAGUGAGUUGAAUAUUUUUUGGGAUAGGAAUUUGAUAAAUGGAAUAUUUUUUAGUUGCUGGAUUGAUACAUCAACUCCAACUUUAUGGGCAUUUAUUGGACCAAUAAUUGUUGUAAUUGCGGUUAGUUUUACGAGCGGAGCGAGUGUAAACCGCGAGCUGGAAAAAUUAUCCUAACUUUCUUGAGUUCAUCUUCAUUAUUUUUAAAUUUUCAGGCCAACAUGUUAUUCUUGCUGAUUGCUCUCAAAGUCGUUUUAUCAGUUCACAGUCGAGAUCGAACAAAAUGGGAUCGUAUUAUUGGAUGGCUCAAAGGAUCAGCAACACUUUUAUGUCUUCUAGGUAUCACUUGGGUUUUCGGAUUCUUGACAGCUGUAAAAGGUGGAACUGGAACAGCAUUUGCUUGGAUCUUUACAAUAUUAAAUAGCACUCAAGGAGUAUUCAUAUUCUUUUUACACGUUGUGAUGAAUGAAAAAGUGCGAGCAUCAGUUAUGCGAUGGCUUCGAACUGGAUUAUGUUGUCUGCCAGAAACAUCAAGUGCCGCUUACAAUUCUCGAUCAUUUUUGAGUAGUCGACAAAGAAUUAUGAAUAUGAUUAAAAGUAAUGGAAUAAGUUAUCCAAGUACAGCAAGCACUGAUGAUAAAGAGAAACAAUUGACACCGAUUAGAAAGACUGCCGAAUGGUUGGCAAAUCAACAGAAUCAUAGUGAAAGUGGGAAUAGUAUUGAGGAUGAAGAUAUUGGAAGUGGAAAUAUGAAUAGUGGGGAUAUAACGGAUAUAACGGAGAGAAGACGAAAUAACAAUGAAAUUGAACAUCAUGAUAUUGUUAGUCGAACGAGUUCAGAUCCAAGAGGAUCUAUGGUAAGUCUUUCAAUAGUUCAGGAUCCCACAAAAUCAGUUUUUCGAGUAGUUUUCUAAAUUUGAGAGUUUAAUGUGAUUCUCAAUAUUUUUCGAAAUCGUAGGACGCUAGAAUAGAAUUUAAAAAAAAUUCAUUAUACUUUCUCGAAGAUUUUUAUUCUAAAAUACGACAAACAACAAAAAACAAUUUGGAAAAAAUCAUUUUUUCCAAAGUUAGAAUUUUUCAAAAGUUUCCAUCAUUUGUUGUGAUAUGGUAAUUGGUCAAUCUCAAUGUUUUCAGUUUGAACAAUAACUUGUGAACAUUUCUCUUUUCUUGAAAACAUUUUGACAUGAACAGUGAUAACAUUUGAAAUAGCAUUUCGAUAAUUUUUGAUGAUUAAAAUAACUGGAAAUGGAUCUAAAGCCGGAAAAAUGGCAAGUGUGAUAGAUACAAGUAGGCUCGAAUGUCCUAGAUCAAUACUAAAUAGUGUGAAAACAAAAAGAAGACAGACAGGGAAGUGCAUUAAAAUUAAAGGGAUAAGAGUCUGUGUAACCAAUGCGUAGAAUAAUUGGUAUUGAAGAUGAUUUAAUUUUCGAGAUUGAAUGGAAUUAAUAUCUGAAUGUAAUUCUAUGUAGCAUCUUAUUGCAAAAAAUGCGACUGUAAAUAUUGAAAUGUUUACAAGUGUUAAGACAAUGAUAAUUCCAAUCAAACUCUUCUCAUUGAUUUUAAAUUGACCGUUUUCGGUCUUUUGAUAAAUAUACGGGCCGACAUAUGCAAUAUUCUCAAUUUCCCAAUUGAAUUCUUCUUUCACUAUCGAUUUCAUAGUAUGAUCAAUAGCAUCGUUUGGUGGGAGAAGAAAAUGCGCGGCCAAUAUCCAGAUAACUCCAAAACUUGGUGGAAUAAUCAUCCAAAGAAUGAUUUUUGGAUUAUUGAAACUUCGAAGCAUUUUUGAUUUACAAACUACAAAAUAUCGAUAGAUAAAUUGAAUGGCAAAUAAGCCCAUAAAAUUUCCAAAAAAUCCACCCCAAACUGAUAUUAAUGGAACCGCGAAACUCUUUGGAACUGCAAAAUUUGUAGAAAUACAUAUAAAAAUUGACUGAUGUGAAAGUAUAAUGGGUUCUACAAUUACAUCAAUACAUGAAAACAACACUUCAAAAAGUGAAAUAUUAAUCAUCAAAUAUUUAUAUGAUCCGAGUUGUUUUGGUGAUUUUGUGAUAAUUAGAACGAUAAGUAAUAGAUUACCAAUAAUUGAAAUUAAAGCUGCAAUUUCUUGAAUCUGGCGAACUGUUUUAUCCCAAUUCAUAAUUACUUUGAAGCUUCAGCGAAAACAAUAACAAAUGAACAGACUAUUUUUAAUACCAUAGAAUAAGUGCGUUUUCUUUUAAGGACAUACAUAGGAAAAUGUGAUAUUUUUUGUAUUGUACUUUGGUUUUUAAUUUCUUUAACUCGAAUUAUUAUUCGUAUAUAUCUGUCUAGCAAACGAAUGAAAAGCGUAUUCUUUCUCGUCCAAAAUUUCGUUGAUGUUAUCUUCAAGUAUCUGAGUUUUCCGAAAUUCAAUUCACAAAACUUGCAAAAGCAGUAAAUAAAUUUGAAACUCACAAUGAAAAUUUUCUAAUUUUUUGAAAGUCCGAUCAGAUAUAGCUUUUAGUAACAUGAAAGGCGUAGCAUCUAUACAAUAGGUUCUAAAUGUUUCUAUUUUCUUUUUGAAACAGUGAUAAUUAGAAAUACUCAUUGUCAGAAACAGUGAAAAAUUAUGCCCAUCCCACAAUUUUCUAAAACAUCUAACCUCCUUCACCAAAAUCAUAAUUUCUUUUUUUUUUCAGAUAAUCGAAGUGACGCACGUCGAAAAAAAGGCGCCAGUAAAACGAAAAAAGUUCCCACUUGGCGCGAAACAAAGUGAACGAGGAUCUCAACACAUUUCGAAUACGAAUUCGCAAACGCAAUCAAAUUCGAAUAAAAGCAAUAAUAAUAGUAAUCAACAACACAAAAAUUAA